AGUUCUUCAGCAGUGUUGCAGUGUCCUGUCAGCAGUCACAGUGAGAGUUAUCAGUGUUGGCUUCAGUGUUAUUAGAGCCGGCUGCUAAACUGGUUUUGUUGUUGUGCUUUGCCGCCGUAAAGUUGCACUUUUUCAUCAUCGUUUUUUGAUUCAAAGUGUGGUUCGCGUUUGCCAGUCUGCCAGACUUUUUGCAACUUUUCAAGUUCGCACAACCGAGACGCGCGCUGCUAUUAUGGAGUAUAGGUUUUCGCAUUCUGCCACUUGAUUGUCAGGGUUUCGGCAAUGAGGGGUGGGGCUUUGGGGGCAGCACUGGUGCUAUUGGCGCUAGUCGGGGGCGGAGCCACGCUCAGUCGGACCAGAGCUGGAGGCGGCGAUGAUCUCUCUCUAUGGAUAGACGCUCAGCAGGUCAAGAUGUACAGUGGUUUUGCGAUGGAAAUCUAUGCAAUAAUGGACGGUAAUGUACUUGAAUACAUUCUUGAUCCGAACUUCGAGAGGUAUCUGCCAAUUAUUCCAUCUGAGGUCGAAUAUGUGAAUUUCACAUGGAAAUCCGGUAUGAAGAAGAAAUAUUACUAUAAUUUUGAUCGGUUACAAUCGUUCGAUGAAGCCAUACUUGAACCACCAGUCAUAUCAAUAAAAACAAAGGGAAAAGUCCCUAAAAGAGCCAAAGUGUUCAGCGUUCUGUUGCCGUGCUCGGGCAACAGUUCUGGAAUAGCAGGGUUCAGCAUUGGACUGCUCAUUGAGAGUCGGAAGGGAAGACCGUUGCCUGGCACUCCACUCAGGCUAAGACUGCGAAAAGAGUGCACUGAAAGAGGUCCCGAUCCGGAAUGUGACAAGAAAUGCUUGAACAACGGCUGGUGCAACCACGACAAAAUGUGCCAGUGCCCCGAUGGGUACAUGGGCCAAUACUGCCAGACGGCGCUCUGUUAUCCACGCUGCAUGAACAACGGCAGCUGCACGCAGCCGGGCGUCUGCAGCUGUCCGCCUGGCUUUCAGGGCCGGCACUGCGAGGGAGGAAUAUGUGCAGAAAAGUGUGAGAAUGGAGGUAAAUGCGUGCAGAAAGAUACUUGCGAAUGUCCCAAGGGAUACUAUGGAUUGCGCUGUGAGCUUUCGAAAUGCGUGAUCCCGUGCGUGAAUGGAGGCCGGUGUCGUGGCGUGAACAAGUGCCGGUGUCCGGGUGGUUUCCGCGGUGACCACUGCGAGAUUGGUGGCCGUCACCGCAACCACUGUUCACCACCCUGUCACCACGGCACCUGUCACCACCGCAAUGCAACCUGCGUCUGUCACCACGGCUGGCAAGGAGCACGGUGUAAUCAGAAGGUACCAAUGGGAGUCAAGAGAGGAGCGCCAGCCCAUGCCAAUGGAGAAGUGUCUGAAUCUUAUGAGGAUACUUCCGAAGUUGGAAAAUAUCUGUGAUUGAUUGAUUGAUGAAAUUCUGUAUUUGAUCAAAUAUUAUUGCAAUGUAUUUUAUUUGUUAUUAAAUGUAAGUUGAUAAUA